AUGGAUCUCUACAUUCCUUCUGAUUUAAACAAUUGUGAUGAUGAUUUUUGUGACGAAAUGUUGCCAGUUGAAGAAAAAUUAGAAAGAAGAAUGGAUGAAUUGACAAUUUUAGAUGGUGAUGCAUUUGUCUCAAACACAACAAGCAAUUCUCAAACAACAGGUGCUUGGAUUCGUGCUAAACAUUUGGAAGAAGAAGGUUAUGAUCAAGAAUUGGUUGACCACAGUGAAAAUUUUGUCGAUUUGGUUAUUGUAAUGGAUUGUACUGGAUCAAUGUCUGGUGAAAUUGAAGUUGCCAAACGAACUGUAACUACUAUCAUCUCAACACUUCAUGAAAAGUUUCAAUCUGAUUUGAGAUUUUCAGCUGUCAGUUAUAGAGAUCACACUGAUGAUUAUGCAGUUAAGGAAUUCCCAUUUACAAAGGAUUUGAAUAAGGCAAAGGGUUAUAUCAAUACAAUGUCAGCUCAAGGUGGAGGUGAUCAUCCUGAAGCUUUGGCAUCAGCUCUCUAUGUCAUUAAUGAAAUGCCAUUUAAUAAGAAGGGAAAGAAGAUUGUUGUUUGGGUUGCUGAUGCUCCUCCACAUGGAAUGAAAACAUCAUCUGAUAGCUAUCCAGAAGGAUGUAAGGAUCAACAAGGAAAUGUCAUUGAUUGGAUCAAAUUGGGAUCUGCUCUCCAGGAGAAGAAUGUUGUCUUUUAUGGAAUUUUGUGUGAAAGAGCAAAGGAUGAUCAACAAUUGACCUUGUUUAUGGAUUAUUUGACAACUAAAACUGAUGGUAAAUGUUUACUCUUAACAGAUGCUAAUAAGAUACCAAAUUUGGUGAUUAAUGGUUGUGUGGAAGAUGAAGAUAUGGACAAUCUUGUUGCAAAGAAAAUUAAAGAAUUGGGAGAAGAGAAGGUCAAUAAUUUGGGAAUGGAUGAUUUACUUAAACUCAUUCACAAUGAAACAUCCUCUGAAAAGGUUGCCCAAGUUAAAACCUUUGAAAUUGCCUCAACCAGAACUAAGAAUUUGAUGAAUUAUUCAACCUUAUCUGAUAUGCAAUGUGAUGAUUAUGUUUCAGCUCAGAAUGUCAUGACUAGAAAUGAUGAUUGUGAGGCAGAGAGCGAUUCUUUUGAUGAUUAUGGAGGUGUUUACUACAAAGCACCAACUAUGGAAAAGGUGGCAAAGGCCUAUUCCAGAAAUUUGAGAAAGUAA